AUGAAACAAACUCAGCAAUGUGUAUAUGCUGUAAGAUAAAUUGAGUGAGUAACGCUAACUGUGUAUGUGGAGAGUUUUGGUGGUACUAGAAUAACGAGGUGGUGGCAAUAAGCACAGAAGUGUUCAGGGGAGUUAAAAGCGAAUAUCGAGGGUGAACGGUCGCGAGUCCUGAUUAGACGAAGCAAGCCGGUAACGAGAAAACCUACAAUUUGGCACAGUCGGUAGGAUCAAUGAUGAAUGGCGAUGAAGGACAACGUUGGGCGUUGGCAGCGUUCAACGCUACAGUGGAUGCACAAGAUCUAAGGAGAGAGUGGGAGGAAUGGCACAGAUCCUUCGAGCUAUUAAUUGAAAUGAAGAACAUUCAAUCCCAACACGAGAGGUUGGUCACAAUGUUGACAUACGGUGGCAGAGGAUUGCAACGUAUCUUUUAUAACCUGAAACCUGUCCCAGAGGAAGUUAAUUUUGAACCAGUGAAAAUACCUUUGAUGCCACCAGAGUUCCCGGAAUAUGACAAUGCGGUCAAGAGACUCAACAAAUUUUUUGUGGGCAAACGAAAUGAUCGUGUGGAACUCGAAGUUUUUCGUUCCUUGAAGCAAACGGGAGACGAAUCGUUCAACCAAUUCGUGCUCAGAUUGCGUGCAUAAGCAGCCCGAUGCGAGUUUGGAGAACAUGAAGAAAAGGAAAUUCUGCAUCAAAUUACUAUGGGUGCCCGAGAUGAGCGAGUUCGGGAUAAAGGUCUGGAGAGUGUCAUGGACCUUGAUGAUUUGACCGGAUAUGCGAUUAAUAGAGAGAUUCUGAUGCAGCAGAGGGAGAAGACUAGAUCGUUUAAACAAGAGGAAACAAUAGCAUCAGUGAAACAAAAAUGGUCUCGUCGACAACCAACUGACAAUCGUAAUACAAACGGAUUUGUAUUCAAUAAAAUACAAGCGAGGAAUCCCCGAUCAAUGAACCGUCAAAAUUUCCCGAAUAAUUUGAAGUAUGGAGAACGGGCAGCAGGCAACCGCUCGAAUAUUGAAUGUAUCCGCUGUGGAUCGUGGAAGCACGAUGGCAAUUAUUCUCGUUGCCCAGCUCUGGGAUCAAGAUGUCAUCAAUGCGGUCAAACUGGCCAUUUCGCUCGGAAAUGUAAGAAUGCUGUACAACGUAGAACUGCUUGGAAACGUCCAUCGCGAGAGACUAAUGCUGUAUCGGACACAGAUGAUUGGAAGGAUGAAAUGCCGCGCCGCCCAAAACCGGAGGAUAUUUCAGAGGUAAACAAAGUAAACCCGGAAUUAAAGGAUGGAUUGAUUUUGUGCAUGGUCGAUAAUUUGCCAAUUGAGUUUUUAAUUGAUUCGGGCUCAGCGAUUAACACUGUUACUGAGGACAUUUGGCAAAAGCUUGUUGAAGUAGAAGCUAAAGUUCACAAUAUCAAGUCGCAUUGCGACCGCAACUUCACUGCAUAUGCAAGCAGUGGCUCCUUAUGCGUCCGAGCUAGUUUCGAAGCCAACAUAACGGUGAACUCGUCAAAACCACAAAGCUACGCCGAGUUCUUCGUGAUAAAAGGAGCGACCAAAUCGUUAUUAAGUAAAAGAACCUCUGAAGAACUUCGAGUUCUGAAAGUAGGGCUUGACGUUAACCACAUUGAAACCGAAGUGGACCCCUUCCCGAAGUUUCCGAAUGUACAAGUAAAACUAUCCAUUGACAAAAGCGGUACACCAAGGCUAAUCUCCUAUUUGAGAGUCCCAGUAGCAAUGGAGAAAAAAGUUGACGAUAAAAUUCUGGAAAUGCUGCGCACGGAUGUAAUCGAGAAAGUUAAAGGACCACCGGAAUGGAUUUCACCGAUGGUGGUUGUCCCGAAAGGCAAGGACGAUGUUCGUCUAUGCAUCAACAUGAAGUAUCCAAAUGCAGCCAUUCAACGUGAGCAUUACCCGCUGCCGGUAAUUGAUACUUUUCUGAACAAAUUGAGGGGAUCGAAAUUCUUUUCAAGACUGGAUAUAACAUCCGCCUUCCACCACAUCGAAUUACACCCCGAGUCAAGAGGUGUAACCACGUUCAUGACAUCGAGAGGACUGAUGCAAUUCAAGAGACUGAAUUUCGGAAUAACCUGCGCACCCGAGAUUUUCCAGCGCGUCAUGACAGAUAUGCUGGCAGGUAUAGACGGUGUUAUCAUUUACAUCGAUGAUGUUGUAGUGGCGGGCAAGACUCUGGAAGAGCACGACGAACGACUGCAGACCGUGCUAUCGGUUUUGGAGCGUAACAAUGCCUUACUAAACCAGAGCAAGUGUGUUUUCCGUGUACAAGAACUUGAAAUACUGGGUUUCAAGGUAAAUGCGGAAGGUAUCCGCCCCUCAGAUGAGAAGACUCUAGCAAUCAAGAACUUUCGGAGGCCAGAAACUAGGGAAGAAGCCCGCAGUUUCCUGGGACUGAUCAAUUUUGUCGGUCAUUUCAUCCCACGGCUAUCAACAAGAACUGAGCCUCUGAGACAGUUUAUCCGGGGUGAGGUUGAUGUAUUUGGAAAAGACCAAGAGAAAGCUUUUGAAGACUUACGAAUGGAAUUAGCGAACAAUGUGCGGAGACUGGGUUUCUUCGAUCCUGCUGACUGCACAGAACUCUAUGUCGACGCCUCUCCUGUUGGACUCGGGGCGGUGCUUGUCCAGAGGGAUGGUACCGAAACGGCACGAAUUGUUAGCUUUGCUUCGAAGGGCUCAACUCCUUCAGAAAGAGCCUAUCCACAAACCCAGCGUGAAGCACUCGCUGUCGUAUGGGCGGUUGAAAAAUUUUAUUUUUAUUUGUUUGGGUUGCACUUUACGAUCUUUACUGACCACAAAACCCUGGAGUAUAUAUACGGAGGGAAGCAUCAGACGGGACGUCGGGCUUGUUCAAGAGCAGAAAGUUGGGCCCUACGGUUGCAACCAUAUGAUUUUGAAAUGAAAUAUCUCCCUGGAACCUCAAACAUCUCGGAUAUAUUGUCACGGCUCAUCACCCAGCAAGACCCUGCAUUUGAUGACACUACUGACCAUUUUUUAUUUGCAGUGGGAGAAGGGCCAACAGCGAUAUCGCUGGCUGAGAUCAAAUCUGAAACCGGCAAAGAUGAAACUCUCUUAGCCGUUAUCAAAGCACUGCGUUCUGAUGAAUGGCCUGUGGAAUUAUACCGUUAUCAAGCUUUUAGAAGGGAACUAGGAAUCGUUGACGGAAUGGUGAUUCGGGAUGAAAGACUUGUUCUACCAGUGAAGCUCAGAGCAAGAGCGCUUGAAAUAGCUCAUAGAGGUCACCCAGGAGUGGUUUCUAUGCGCCGCAGCCUUAGAGAACGAGUGUGGUGGCCAUGCAUGGAUAACGAUGUCACAAAGAAAAUCCAGCAAUGCCACGGAUGCGCAGUAGUCAGUAGACAAAAUCCACCAGAGCCAAUGAUGCGGAAAGAAAUGCCAGAACGAGCAUGGCAGCAAAUCGCAAUUGAUUUCUUUUCAGCUAAGGAGUGCGCCACAUUCUUAGUAAUUGUUGAUUAUUAUAGUCGAUUUCUAAAAGUAAUUGAGAUGAAGGGAACAACUGCAUCAAAAACAAUAGAGGCACUCGAAAGCGUAUUUAUUGAACAAACCUAUCCCGAGUCAAUCCGCAGCGACAACGGCCCACCAUUUACGAGCGAUGAGUUUAACAACUACUGUUUGAGUAAGAACAUAAGGCUCAUUCAUACUAUUCCUUACUGGCCGCAGAUGAAUGGAAUGGUGGAGCGGCAAAAUCAAGGGAUUUUGAGAGCUUUGCGGAUCGCCAAGGCAUCUGGAGAAGAUUGGCGCAAAGCUGUUCAGGAGUAUGUCUAUAGGUACAAUAUUACCCCGCAUUCUGUUACAGAAAAAGCUCCAAUGGAAAUUCUAACAGGACGUCCGGUGAAAGACCUACUUCCAUCGUUAAAAACAGAACCAGGAUCCCACCGUGAUGAAAGUGUACGCGAGUCCGACGCUAUCAAGAAAAUCAAGGGGAAGUUGUAUGCAGACAAACAGCGACAGGCAAAACCAUCGAAUAUUGAAGUUGGUGACUCCGUUAUGCUGAAAAACUAUGAAUGUGGAAAAUUAGAAACAGCAUUUCGGUUGGAGCGCUUCACAGUUGUUAAACGUUCUGGAAGUGAUGUGAUUGUUGAGAAUGAAGAGGGUUUACGGUAUCGCAGAUGUGUCACUCAUUUGAGAAAAUGGCCUGAAACAGCAGAGCGAGCUUUGGAUCCGGCAGAACCUGAAAGUAUUGUACCCGAAGAAGCUAAUUCCUCAACUACAAAAGAAAUAAAACAAACGAAGCGUAAUCUUGACGCAACAGGAGCAGAGGAAUCUUCAUCUAAGCGUCCAACUAGAACAGUAAAAAUUCCAGCUCGUUAUAAUUCAUAG